AAAUUAUCAAAAAUAUUCAAGUUUGAAGUCUUUUGUGUGUUAGGUGAUUUUAUUCGAUCAUCAUUGCAAAAUGCAGCCAUCUAAGGACAUGAUGGAACAUAUGAUGGAACUAAAUAGAUUUUACCUAAAAACUUCUGAAAAUGAAAUACAUACACCAACAACACAAAUCGUAUCACGAUUUGGACAGCCUACACCAAACUACUCUUCAAGCUCAACUGAUUCUUUCUCUCCCGAGUCAUUUCCAGAACUCUCCUCCACAGUACAGAUCCGGCCUCCAGAGUACAGAUCUGAAACACCUUUCGCCAUAGCAAGGAGACCUAUAAUUGGAAGGAAGAUCUUAGGGAACUCUGAGCAGAAACCUGUAGCAAGAUCUAGCUAUGAAGAGAGAUUUAGUCUUGAGCCAUCACCAACAAAGCAUUGGAUGCAGCAAACUCCGCCUAGAACGAUUGCUAUUGAGCAAAAGAAUUGUACGAGGAGUUUCUACGAGUUGUUCCCUGGAGACAACCAAGGUUUUGAGUUCAAGACACCAGUGAAGACUCCACCUUCGGUGUAUUCUAAUCUAUCCCCAGCAUCGUCAAUGUCUCAGACGUCACCAAACAACAAUAUGACUCUGACUGGUAAUACAACUCCAACAUCAAACUACAAUAUGUUUACAUAUCCGAGAUUGAAUUUGGCAAAUUCUCCAACACCAACUUACAGGAACUGGGGGGCGAGUGCGAGCACAUCAUCUAGAUUCCCAGAGAUGACACCGAAAAUGUGUUCCUUCUGCCGCAAGAACGGAGAAACUCCAAUGGUGUACACAACACACUGCGUCAAAGAGAAGGUUGGCAACAGGAAUGUGGUCACAUGCCCGAUACUGAGGUCCCAUGUGUGCACAACCUGUGGAGUAUCUGGAGACAAUGCUCAUACUAUCACUUACUGCCCGGUCCUCCGCAGCACAAACAACGGGAUGCGUCUCAAGUCCACGACCAUCACCCUCAAGAGCACCCGCAUCAAGAGCGAUGGUAGGAAACGCUACUAACUUAAUAAAAAC